CCGGUAAGGGGGCGGGACUUGUCCGCAGCGGUAAAGGUGCAGAGCACAGAUGUUCAGGUCACAUGUACUUUUAAUUUGAAUUUUGAUAUUUUACCUGCCGGAUUAUGCAGGAGAACAAACGCCAACGUGAUCUCUCCGCUUUAAAGGACCGGAUCAGAUGAUCCGGGAGCAGACCGACGGACUGACUGACAGAUCCCGCCAGAGCUGCAGCAGUUCCUGCGCGUUCAACGCGAAAAAGAAAGAGAGAGAAAAAAGGAGGUAGAUGAACGGAAGGAGGAGGAAGUGAGAUGAUGGCGGCGGAUGCGGAGGAGACGGGAGGGCGGACGGAGCCGUGUGCUCCUCCCGGCAUCAGUCUGAGGCGGAGGAGCUCGGACAGGAGGUGGAGGCUGCGCUCUGUGUAUCUGCAGUGCUAUUUCCUGACAAUUGCAACCAUCCUAGGAACAGGAAUUCUGGGUCUUCCUGUAACGAUAGCUCAUGCUGGCAUGGUGCCCUUCCUCAUCUCCUUCCUUGUUGGUUUCUGUGUUCAGGCCCUACUCAUCUACCUGUUUGUGGAGCUUCUUCAGAAAUGUCAGGCAAUGCAGCUGGAGUCUCUAAAGACCGGAGUGGCAGAGUGCAUCGUGAUGAGUCCAGUAAACAUCCAAAGCCCAACUUUCACAGAUGACGAGGAAGAGGAGGAGUAUGAAGCCGACCAUGCAGGAGCAGACACAGGUCUGCUGCAGCCACACACCCUCACACUGCAGGAGCAGGCGGAGAGCCUUCAACCUAACUUACAUCUCCUGGGUUGCCUCUUCCUGUCCCAGCCCAUGAGCUACGCCUUCAGCUGCAUCCUCCUCUUCCAGUUCAUUUCAAUAGGAAUCAGUUAUGUGUUAGCCGGCAGCGAGGCGUGUGCCGCUCUUCUACAUGUCAGCCACGUGUACGUGAUCCCAGCCUUCACCUGGAUUCUCACCCUCGCCAUCUUGCUGGCCCACUCCGUUAUUCAGCCAGUCACCUCCGUGCUCACCUUCCUCAAAGGAAUUCUGCUCAUCAUCACGGUGGCCGUGACAUUUGUGGUGGGGUCAGAGGUCGGCCAACAAAGCAGCAGUGACUUCAGUCAGAUGGGGAAGCCGUUCCUGAUGGGCACCGUGGCUCUGGGGGGGAUCGUGAACGUGAUGCCUCUGCUGUUCUCACAGAUCUCUCAUGACAGAACGCAGAUCUUGUGGUUUCGCAGAGCCGUGCUCGGUGGUCUGGCGACCUGCACUGUGCUGAACGUCCUCUG